UAGCAGCAACAAUAUGGCGACAACCGCAGUUUCUCCUGUAUCUCUUCUACAUCUGCAGUUCAGCUACGGCUUUCUGGAUUUCUGAUAACCCUGAAAAAACUGCCUAUCCUGGAUGGCACUUAACUGAAGGCAGAAUUGCUGCAGGAUGAAAACAUGGCUGCGCCUUUUCUUGCACCACCAGGACCUGACAGCUUCAAGAAGUUCACCCCAGAAUCUUUGGCUAACAUUGAGAAACGCAUCACUGAGGAGAAGGCCAAGAAGCGCAAGAAGCCCGACAGCAGUCAUCGAGAUGAUGAUGAGGACAACAAGCCGAUGCCCAACACUGACCUGGAGGCGGGCCGCAGCCUACCGUUUAUCUACGGGGACAUUCCUGAAGGCCUGGUGGCAGAACCACUGGAGGAUAUGGACCCUUACUAUAUGAAUCAGAAAACAUUUAUAGUCCUAAACAAAGGGAAAACAAUCUUCCGGUUUAGUGCCACGCCUUCCUUGUACAUCAUAAGUCCCUUUAGUAUACUUAGGCGAAUAGCUAUUAAAAUUUUGAUACAUUCAGUAUUCAGCAUGAUCAUAAUGUGUACUAUUUUGACCAACUGUGUAUUCAUGACUUUUAGCAAUCCUCCAGAAUGGUCGAAACAAGUAGAGUACACCUUCACUGGUAUUUAUACCUUUGAAUCACUUACAAAAAUAGUUGCUCGAGGGUUCUGUAUAGACGGGUUUACGUUCCUAAGAGAUCCUUGGAACUGGCUGGAUUUCAUGGUGAUUUCCAUGGCAUAUAUCACAGAGUUUGUGGACCUGGGGAAUGUAUCUGCGCUGAGAACGUUCAGAGUUCUCCGGGCAUUGAAAACUAUCUCUGUUAUUCCAGGCCUGAAGACCAUUGUUGGUGCCCUGAUCCAGUCAGUGAAAAAGCUGUCAGAUGUGAUGAUCCUCACUGUCUUCUGCUUGAGCGUCUUUGCACUGAUUGGCCUGCAGCUCUUCAUGGGUAACCUGCGCCAGAAGUGUGUCAUCUGGCCCAUCAACUCCACUGAAAACUACCUGAGCAAUGGCAGCAAAGGCUUCGACUGGAAAGAAUACAUCAUGAAUGAAACAAAUUUCUACUUCAUCCCUGGACAACUAGAUGCUCUCUUGUGUGGAAACAGCUCAGAUUCUGGUCGCUGCCCAGAAGGGUAUACUUGCAUGAAAGCUGGGAGAAACCCAAAUUAUGGUUAUACCAGCUUUGACAGUUUUGGGUGGGCCUUCCUGGCACUUUUCCGUCUCAUGACCCAAGACUUCUGGGAGAACUUAUAUCAACUUACGCUGAGAGCAGCAGGGAAGACCUAUAUGAUCUUCUUUGUGCUGGUGAUCUUUGUGGGCUCCUUCUACCUGGUGAACCUGAUUCUGGCUGUGGUGGCCAUGGCUUAUGAGGAACAAAACCAGGCCACCAUAGAGGAAGCUGAACAGAAAGAGGCAGAGUUCAAAGCCAUGUUGGAACAACUGAAGAAACAGCAGGAGGAGGCCCAGGCGGCUGCCAUGGCGACCUCGGCGGGCACGGUGUCAGAGGACGCUGUGGAGGAUGAUGGUGGGGGGCACUUGUCACGCAGCUCAUCUGAGGUCUCUAAACUCAGCUCCAAAAGUGCCAAGGAGCGACGCAACCGCAAGAAGAAGUGGCGGCAGAAGGAGCAGUUGCGGGGCGAGGAGAAGGGAGACAGUGAGAAGUAUGUGAAAUCAGAGUCCGAGGACGGCAGCAAGAGGAGUAGAUUCCGCUUUCCAGACAACCGGCUAGGCAGAAAGACGUCCAUCAUGAACCAGUCUCUCCUCAGCAUUCCGGGCUCGCCCUUCCUAUCCAGGCACAACAGCAAGAGCAGCAUCUUCAGCUUCAAGGGCCGCUCCAAGGACGUGGGCUCGGAGAACGAGUUUGCUGAUGAUGAGCACAGCACAGUGGAGGAGAGUGAGGAGCGGCGCGGCUCCCUCUUCAUCCCCUACCGCCGCAGCAGCUACAGCGGCUACAGCCAGGGUUCCUCCAGGAUCAAUCCCCUGUUUCCGCAUGGCAAGAGAAACAGCACGGUGGACUGCAACGGUGUGGUGUCCCUCAUCGGCCCGGGUCCUGGUGGACGCCUUCUCCCUGAGCAGUCCACAGACAUAGAUGUGAAGAAGAAGCACUCAGGCUCUCUGAUGGUGUCCGUAGACCAGCUGAACACCUCCUUUGGGCGCAAGGACCGGGCCAAUAGCGCUAUGAGUGUUAUCACAAACACUUUGGUGGAAGAACUGGAGGAGUCUCAGCGCAAGUGUCCACCAUGCUGGUACAAGUUUGCCAACACGUUCCUGAUCUGGGAGUGCUGCCCACUGUGGCUGAAGAUCAAAGAGAUAGUGAACCUAGUGGUGAUGGAUCCUUUCGUGGACCUGGCUAUCACCAUCUGCAUUGUUCUCAAUACAGUCUUCAUGGCAAUGGAGCACUACCCCAUGACUCCUCACUUUGAACAUGUGCUAUCUGUGGGCAACCUGGUUUUCACUGGGAUCUUCACUGCUGAGAUGUUUGCCAAACUCAUUGCUAUGGACCCCUACUACUACUUCCAGGAGGGCUGGAACAUCUUUGAUGGCUUCAUCGUGAGCCUGAGUUUGGUGGAGCUCGGCCUAGCUGAUGUAGAGGGACUGUCUGUGUUAAGAUCAUUCCGAUUGCUCAGAGUGUUCAAGCUAGCCAAGUCCUGGCCCACCCUCAAUAUGCUCAUUAAGAUUAUUGGGAACUCUGUGGGUGCCUUGGGAAACCUGACCCUAGUACUGGCCAUCAUUGUCUUCAUCUUUGCUGUGGUGGGCAUGCAGCUCUUUGGCAAAAGCUACAAGGACUGUGUGUGCAAGAUUGCCCAGGACUGUGAACUGCCACGCUGGCACAUGAAUGACUUCUUCCACUCCUUCCUGAUCGUAUUCCGGGUGCUGUGUGGGGAAUGGAUCGAGACCAUGUGGGACUGCAUGGAGGUGGCUGGCCAAACCAUGUGUCUCACUGUCUUCAUGAUGGUCAUGGUCAUUGGCAACUUAGUGGUGCUGAAUCUGUUCCUUGCCUUGCUGCUGAGCUCCUUCAGUGCCGACAACCUAGCUGCUACAGAUGAUGAUGGGGAGAUGAACAACCUGCAGAUAUCUGUCAUUCGCAUUAAGAAGGGCAUUGCUUGGGUGAAGGCCAAGGUGCGGAUGCUGGCCGCCACUCACCUGAAGAAAGUGGUAGCAGAUGAAGUGAAACCUCUGGAUGACAUGUACAAUAAGAAGCUGAACUGCAUUGCUAACCACACGGGGGUGGACAUCAACCGGGAGCUGGACUACCAGAAGAAUGGCAAUGGGACAACCAGUGGCAUUGGCAGCAGCGUGGGCAAGUAUAUGAUUGAUGAGGACCGCAUGUCCUUCAUCCACAACCCUAACCUGACUGUGCGGGUACCCAUUGCUGUGGGUGAGUCAGACUUCGAGAAUCUCAACACAGAGGACUUCAGCAGCGAGUCAGACGUCGAGGGCAGCAAAGAGCUGGAUGACACUAGCUCCUCAGAGGGAAGCACCAUUGACAUAAAGCCAGAUGUGGAGGAUGUGGUGGUUGUGGAGGCUGUGGAGGAGUACCUGGACCCAGACCCUUGCUGGACAGAAGGCUGUGUGGCACGGUACAAAUGCUGCGACGUAUCGAUCACUGAAGGCUGGGGGAAGCACUGGUGGUACCUUAGGAAGACCUGCUACCUGAUUGUGGAGCACAAUUGGUUUGAGACUCUCAUCAUCUUUAUGAUCCUACUCAGCAGUGGGGCACUGGCCUUUGAGGAUGUGUACAUUGAACAGCGGAAAACCAUCCGAAUCAUCCUGGAAUACGCAGACCGAGUGUUCACUUACAUCUUUAUCCUGGAGAUGCUGCUCAAGUGGGUGGCCUAUGGCUUCGUCAAGUACUUUACCAAUGCCUGGUGCUGGCUUGACUUCUUCAUUGUGGAUGUGUCUAUAGUCAGCCUUAUAGCUAAUGCCCUGGGCUACUCCGAUCUAGGGCCAAUUAAAUCUCUCAGGACACUAAGGGCCUUGAGACCCCUCAGAGCCUUGUCACGUUUUGAAGGGAUGAGGGUGGUAGUCAACGCCUUGGUGGGAGCCAUCCCUUCCAUUAUGAAUGUGUUGCUGGUUUGCCUCAUCUUUUGGCUGAUUUUCAGUAUUAUGGGGGUAAACCUGUUUGCUGGCAAGUACUAUUACUGCUUUAAUGAGACUGCAGAGGAGCGCUUUGAGAUUGAAGAUGUCAACAACAAGACACAAUGCUUCAAUCUAAUUGCUGCCAACCAUACUGAGGUCAGGUGGAAGAACGUGAAGAUCAACUUUGACAAUGUAGGUGCUGGCUACCUGGCGCUGCUACAGGUGGCCACUUUUAAAGGCUGGAUGGACAUCAUGUAUGCAGCAGUAGACUCCAGGAAGGUGGAGGAUCAGCCUGUCUAUGAGGACAACAUCUACAUGUAUAUCUACUUUGUCAUAUUCAUCAUCUUUGGCUCCUUCUUCACUCUUAACCUCUUCAUUGGUGUCAUCAUUGACAACUUCAACCAGCAGAAGAAAAAGUUUGGGGGUCAGGACAUCUUCAUGACAGAGGAGCAGAAAAAAUACUACAAUGCCAUGAAAAAACUGGGCUCCAAGAAACCCCAGAAACCCAUCCCAAGACCUCUGAACAAUAUUCAGGGAAUGGUGUUUGACUUUGUGACGCAGCAGGUGUUUGACAUCUCCAUUAUGAUACUGAUCUGCCUCAACAUGGUCACCAUGAUGGUGGAAACAGACGACCAGACACCAGAAAUGGAGACCAUUCUCUACUGGAUCAACUUCAUAUUCAUUAUUGUCUUUACCGCUGAGUUUGUGCUCAAACUCUUUGCCCUGCGCCAUUACUACUUCACCAUUGGCUGGAAUAUAUUUGAUGUGGUGGUGGUCAUCCUUUCCAUUGUGGGUAUGUUCCUGGCAGACUUGAUUGAGAAGUACUUUGUAUCACCAACUCUCUUCAGGGUGAUCCGUCUGGCCCGAAUCGGCCGCAUCCUGCGUCUGAUCAAGGGUGCGAAAGGGAUCCGGACUCUACUGUUUGCACUAAUGAUGUCACUGCCAGCCUUGUUUAACAUUGGGCUGCUGCUCUUCCUGGUCAUGUUCAUCUUCUCCAUCUUUGGAAUGUCCAACUUUGCCUAUGUGAAGAGGGAGGCAGGUAUUGACGACAUGUACAACUUUGAAACAUUCGGUAAUAGCAUGAUCUGUUUAUUCAUGAUCACCACCUCAGCUGGCUGGGACGGUUUGCUGCUACCCAUUCUUAACCGUCCCCCUGACUGCAGCCUGGAGAAGGAGAAUCCUGGCACUACGGUGAAGGGGGACUGCGGUAACCCUUCUGUGGGUAUCUUCUUCUUCGUCAUGUACAUCAUCAUCUCCUUCCUUAUCGUGGUCAACAUGUACAUUGCCAUCAUCCUUGAGAACUUCAGUGUAGCCACAGAGGAAAGCGCUGAUCCCCUAAGUGAGGAUGACUUCGAGACUUUCUACGAGAUUUGGGAGAAGUUUGAUCCCGAUGCCUCACAGUUCAUUGCCUAUGCCAAGCUGUCGGACUUUGCAGACGCACUGGAGCACCCACUGCGGGUGCCCAAGCCCAACACAAUCGAGCUGAUCGCCAUGGACAUGCCCAUGGUGAGCGGGGACCGCAUCCACUGCCUGGACAUCCUGUUUGCCUUCACCAAGCGUGUGCUGGGUGACAGUGGUGAGCUGGACAUGUUGCGGCAGCAAAUGGAGGAGCGUUUUGUGGCUGCCAACCCCUCUAAGGUGUCCUACGAGCCCAUCACCACCACUCUGCGCCGCAAGCAGGAAGAGGUGUCUGCAAUCACUAUCCAGCGGGCCUACCGCUUCUACCUGGCCAGGCGGGGCUUCGUCUGCAAACGCAGACCGGGCACCAACACACUGGAGAAUGGAGGGACCAAUCAGGAGAAAAAAGAGGGCACACCCUCUACUGCUUCCCUUCCCUCCUAUGACAGUGUCACAAAACCUGAUAAGGAGAAACAGGAAGAGAAUGAGGGGAGGGGCAGAAAAGAAAAGGGCAGUAACCAAAAAGACGUCAGGGAAUCCAAGUGUUAGAAUACAGUAAUAAUAACAAAUGCUAAGGGAGAAGAAAUCCUGAGUUAAACUAAACACAUUUACAGAUUAUUUCAUUUGCAAUUAAAAAAGAGAGAAUACAGAUAAAAUUGUUUACAGAUUUCACAAAUGUAUCAAUGCAGAAAAAAGCAGCCUGGUUUCUUACAGCUUUGAAGACACUUAAACCAAACAUAAUCAGCUUACUGUGUGACCUUGUUGCAUCAAGACUACAAUCUAUGUAAACCCUACAAAAGUGAAUGAAAGAAGACACUCCUGUGCUGGCAAAUGGUGCACUACAUGUGUUGGGGGACUGUCUGCAACAGGAGAAAAUUUUGUAGGCAGUAGAAAAACUGAAAUCUUCUGGACUGCUAUGUCAUUCCUGUUCAAAAGCAGUGCCGUGUUGGAUUUCCCCAAACGAAAUUGCACUGUUGGACACUAAAUAACCUCCCAAAGCAGAAAGGGGUUUUUGCCAUCAUUUUCAUUACAAAUAGAAAGAAAAAUGACAAAGGCAUGAGUUUAAACAAAGCCAACUGAAAUAGGAAAAAACUAAAGAAAAAAGCAGAGUAUAAGGGUUAUUGUUUGUUCAUGCUAAACUUGCAGUAUACUUGCAUUUUUCUAAGCCGCAGACAAGGAAAAAGAAAAAACAUUCAAUAUUGCCCAUGUCACUGAAGUCUUCUCAUUUUAUCUUUGUUAUACAUACAUAAAAAGAAAUUUUCUAUAUGGGCUUUCACACUGAUUGGGAAGGGGGAAUUAAUCAGGGUUUGACUUGGGCUGAAGGGGGACUUGCUCAGACAGAUGUCCAAAUUAUUAAAUAAUUGUGCUCGUUCAAUGCAUAGAAAUGACUUGCAUGAUGGCAUGUUUUGAUCAGGAAUCUUGCAUGAAUAAACAUAGUCCACAAGACCGUAAUACUCAGACCACAACAGUGGCUUGACCAUAAGUUAAAAGGCUAUCCACUGGAAAAACUAAAAAUAAAAGUUUGAAAUUGUUGUGAUAAGAUUCACAAUAUUGCGUAAAAGAAAUCCCAAAUAAAUCCUGCCCUCAUCAAAAUUUACCAUGUAAAGGACAGAACUUUCAUUUGGUUAAAGGGAGGUGAUAACUAUAGUUGAUGUUUUAAUGACUGGCAGCAUUGUGGCACAUAAUAAGAAAAAAAUA